ACAAGAUGGCUGCGUUUGGGUGUUGUGGCCACUGAGUGCGUGUUGUUGCUCCUUAAAUCCCCAAAAAUCCAAAAAUAGUGCUAAAUAAAUCGUAAAAAAGUUGACUAUCAACUGCUGAAACAAAUUCAAUAACAUUAUUAGUGACAAAUAAACCGAAGAAUCACGUGUGUGGUGCCUCCAGGUGUGAGUUGUAGACUGGAAAACAAUGCUAAAAACACAUCACCAACAACACGAGUAACUCACGAAUAUCGAAUACAACCCAGUCGAUAACACUGGAGAAAGACGUCGGAGCGACGGAGGAGGGGGAGAUGUCCGCCGGCACCCAGGGGGAGAUUCGGGUCGGUCCAUCGCACCAGGAAUUGGUUUCUUGCCAGGCCCGUUUGCCUGAGUACCGGCCGGGCGUACCACCAGCUGAACUACAACCAGAUCCUGAAUUUAUAAAGGAAAGAGAAGAAUUAAGAUGGAUACCAGCAAUGUCGUUAGACGGAGAUCUCGUCAUGUACCUGAGGGCUGCACGUUCAAUGGCAGCUUUCGCUGGUAUGUGUGAUGGAGGCUCACCAGACGAUGGUUGCGUUGCAGCAUCCAGAGACGAUACGACAAUUAAUGCACUCGAUAUACUCCAUGAUUCUGGAUAUGAUCCUGGUAGAGCACUUCAAGCACUCGUCAAGUGUCCAGUACCCAAAGGCAUUGAUAAAAAAUGGUCCGAGGAAGAGACUAAGCGUUUCGUCAAAGGACUCCGUCAAUUUGGCAAGAAUUUUUCGCGCAUUCGUAAAGACCUAUUACCGCACAAAGAUACACCUGAAAUCGUUGAGUUCUAUUAUCUGUGGAAAAAGACCCCAGGUGCUAAUAACAAUCGUCCCCAUCGACGUCGUAGACAAGGCUCACUCCGUAGAAUUCGUAAUACUCGUAAUUCUCGCGCUGGUACUCCCAAAGAGGAGGCCCCAGCCCCCAAAGAAUCAACGCCCCCAAACACGACGAGCGCUAAAGAGACGACAAACGAGCCCGAGACACCGCCAGUCGGUGCCUCGGCAAGCUCAAAUACAACCACGACAAAUAACAACAGUAAUCCUGGUGGUGAGGUAAGUUCUGUCACCGAGGACGAUAAUUCCGAGGAGGACAGUGAUUCAAGGGAUACAAAUACCAACGGUUCAGCAUUCGAGAGAUCCUGCCAGCACUGUUUCUCAACAACCUCCAAGGAUUACCAAAUAGCUGGCAAAGAUCGUCUCCUAUUGUGCUUAGAAUGUCGUUCGCAUUUGAAGAAAACUGGGGAAUUACCCCCAGCUCAGCCAUACCUAUUUCGUCCGGUACCAGCGGAAUCACCAGACAGUCCAGGUAGAAUGCGAACGCGUAAUAAAGCUAAAGAAACCCCAAGGCCAUCGCGACCACGUCGUAACGGUGGUACUGAUACACCAGAUCAAGAGAAACAGGAGAAAGCCUCUAAUCAAGCGACACCUGAUAAAAAGAAAAAAUCCAGUACUACAGCCAAGGUGGAGACUCCAAAGAAGGGCCAAAAGAGGCCCCCAGAAGAGCCUGAGGAGGACAAAGAUACUCAGAAACGUAAGAGAGGUAGUCCAGACAGUCCAUCAGAGUCCCUCACAACUGAUUCAAAUUCCCUCAUGGAUGAGCCUGAAAGGGAGAACGAAAUUGAUAACAGUGAGCAACCAGUUGUACCAGCUGUUCCAGACGAGUCAGGCUCACCAAUUGAACAGCAAGAAGAGUCUGCUGAACCACCACCUGUAUCAACUCCACUACCAAUCACUGUUCCCACAUUACCAAUAAAUGUUCCUGUUAUUCACACUCUCGAUAAGAAACCCAUUAUCGAUGAAAUGCCAGAGGUUAAGGCAGAACCUGAAGACUCACCAAUUAGCAUCAAGCAACCACUUCCCCUGAAGCUUGAGCCAGUGCCAAGUGAACCCGAGAUGUCACCGAUCAAGGAAGAGCCCAAUGAGCCUGAACAGCCUCAAGCCCUAGUGACAUCUCAACCAAUGGGAAUAAGUGACUUAUCCCAAAACAUACCAAGAAAUCUAUCUCAAUCAAUGAACAAUCCUGUAUUGAUAACACCUGGAAUACCCCAGAGCCUUCCACCAGUCUCUCUACCCCAACCCCCCCAACAAAUGCCCCUAAACAUGCAAUACCCAACGCCAGUACCUCCCACCCAAAACGUCCCCCAAAACCUCUCCCAAUCGAUACAAAUCCCCCAGAGUAUACCCCAACCAAUUCCCCCAAGUAUACCCCCACGAGACUUGCUUCCACCUCAAAAUCUAUCAAAUCACACACCGGAGGUGCAACAAUUACCCCAAAACAUGUCGGUGCCCCCCCUGAAUCUCAACAUUCCCCAGAACCUCUCGCAAAUCUCCCAAAUGCCAGCUUCACCCCAACCACUAGGACUAACCCUGCCCCCACAAGACUCUAGGCUACCCGAUAGACUCCCCGAGGACCGAAUUCCAGACCGAAGAUUACCAGAUCGAAUAUCAGAUCGUUUGGAUCAACAAGAGCCUCAAGAGCGUCCGCCAGAGCCGGCCCUCUUUCAGCCAAUUCAACCGUCCCCCUUGCCACCCGAGAAGCCAGCGAUAUACAGUCUGGCUUGCACUCCACCCCUGGAGCCCCAGAAUCUCAAGAUCAAACAGGAAAUCAUACCCCCAGAGCCUGAUCCUCUCCAGAGUCUCAAGGAAGUCAAAGUGCCAGGGUAUCAGCCAGGCUUCCCUGGCCCCACUCUCGACAACAUCAAGAAGGAUCCCGACGCCAGCAUCAAGCCUCCAACCCCAUCAAAACACCAACAUCCACCACCUCAGCAGAAUGUCCCGCAGAUUCAAUCAGUGGCAGCAUCACCCACUCCCUCAUUACCCCCACCAACAUCAAUUCCCCAGCCUGUUAUGCAUCCAAGUCAACAGCCAAGUCCUCACAUGGCUCACAGCUUUCACCCUCACCACCCUCUGAUGCAUCACUCGUUGUUCGCAGCGAUGCAUCCUUACCACCCACACGCCUACCCUGGAUACCCACCGGUGGGUACCUACCCCAGCUUCCCACCGUACCCCUACGCCCCCGUUCCCCACGCUAUACCCCCACCGAGCCCCCAGAGAAGUCAGGAAUCAACAACUAUGAUGACGGCACACCACUCAAGCACAAGCUCCAGCGUGACCACUAGGGAAGAGGGUGAAAACCUCAUUGCAACGCAUCAUCAUUCAUCAAGUCUUCAUCAGGCAACAACUCUCCAUCAUGACAAGCUAUUAAGCAUAUCCUCACACUCGUCUCACAGUCACUCAUCCUCCCACUCACAGCACAACCAGAGGAGUAAACCGAUGGUGUCAUCCUGCAUGACAUCGACAUCAUCGGUUCAUCAUCAUCACCGGGGGCCAUCGGGUCAGCCGACGGGACCACCACCACCAGCGAUUGAGCCGAAGAUCGAGGAAAUCAUGGAGCCCGAGCCGGAGGAGCCACCGAGCCCACGAGGACCAUCACCAGAACCCAGGAUUGAGGACUCGGAGUGCCACAGGUCACAGUCAGCAAUCUUCCUGAGACAUUGGAACCGAGGGGAGAACAACUCGUGCACCAGGACUGAUCUGAUGUUUAAACCAGUGCCUGAUUCCAAGCUCGCGAGGAAGAGGGAGGAACGAAGUAGAAAACAAGCGGAGAAGGAGAGGGAGGAGAGGGACAGGGCAGCGCAGCAUGCGCGGAAGAUGUCGACACCGGAGAAGCAGCCGGAGGUCUGCAAGCCACCGUCGAGGGGCCCAAUGGAGCCCGUGGUGUCGCCGUACGACAGGUAUGCCGCAAGGCCGACUUAUGCCGACACCCCAGCACUCAGACAAUUGUCGGAAUACGCGAGACCACACGCGGCUUUCAGUCCCGCGAGGCAUCCAGCCCCACCGGACCCAAUGCUGCAUUAUAUGUAUGGGCCCGGGGCCAGGGAGAGGAUGGAGCUGGAGCACAUGGAGAGGGAGAAGAGGGAGCGGGAGAUACGUGAGCUGAGGGAGAGGGAGCUCAACGAUCGGCUGAAGGAGGAACUCAUGAAGGGGAGCCCCCGGGCCAUGCCCGGACCCAUUGACGCCCAUUGGAUGGAGAUGCAGAGGCGGUAUGCCGCGGCGGGACUUGCACCCGGGCCCAGUGGCCCUCCCCAGGGGCUUCAUCAGUUUGGGAUCUAUGGGGCGCCACCUGGACCCAGUCAGCUGGAUCGAGAGAGGCUAGAGAGAUUAGCCGCUGCCAGUGCGAAUUACCCGAGACCUGGGAUGAUGCCCAGAGAUCCAUCCCUGGGCUUACAUCCCGCUGAACUCCUGGGUAGACCCUAUGCCGAUAUGGCUGUUCAUCAUGAGCAAAUUCAACGUCAUCUCAUGUUGGAGAGGGAGAGAUUUCCACCUCAUGCAUCGUUGAUGCAUCACGAGGAGUAUAUCAGACAACAACGGGAGCGUGAGCUGAAGGUUCGUGCCCUGGAAGAGGCGGCCCGUGGAUCACGACCUUAAUUUUCUAGAUUAUCAUAAAAAAUUUAUAUAUAUAUAUAAAAAAAAAAGCCCAAGACUUUCGUGCGAUUUCUCCUGAAGGCGAAAAAACAAAAAUCUUGAAACAGAAAUCAAAAAAUUAUUCCACACUGAAGAUUCUUCCCCAUCAUCACACAAUCCUCUCAAUUCCACGUAAAAGUAUAAAAGAGAAUAAAUGAUUAGCCAGUCAGGAGAAUCGAACGAAAUUAUUAAUUUUGCGUUUCCCUUUUAACUAUUUACGUGUGUACGUAUAUUUCGACGCUGAAAACAAAAAAAUCAACAAUUCAGUGUCUUGUAAUAUUGUCUAAUGUAAAUACGACAAAGGAGACUGCAUACGAAGGUAUAGACUAAUAAUUAAGUGAAAAAAAAAAUUAUAAAAAGUGGGGUCACGGUAGAUUAAUUAAAUAAUUUAAUUAAAUUGCUUAUCCUUUCGCGAAUGUCACUGUUAUUUUAGACUAAUUGUAAAUUCAAUGAAAUGAUUUUUUUUAACUAUUAAUUUAUGGAUAAUUAAUUUAAUAAUCUUAUGUUAACUCUAGGUGUGAUUAUAUUGUCUAGAUGAAUUUAAAUUAGCUCGAGGCAUUUUCGUCGCUCCAAUUAAUUUAAUUAAUUAAUUACAUGAAACAAUUUGCGUGAAAAGCCAUGAAAACAAUCGGCAUUUUCAUUUUUUUUUCUUUUGAAAAAAAAAUCGUUGAGACAAUUUAAAUUAAAUUGAGUGAAAAUUGUACAUGUAGCGGGGCUUUAGGCAGUACUUCUUAAUUAGUAAAAAAAUUUUAAUUAAAUUUCCCAAUGAAUAUUUCGUUUUAGUAAACGUGACCAAAGUUUUUAAAAGUUUGUAGAGCAACGUUAAUCGCCUCGUAGACGCGAAAAAAAUUGAUUAUUGCGAAACAAUAGUUAUUUUCUUUUUCUCUACUGUCUGAGUUUAUUUUUCCCCCCUGGUUUUUAAUCGAAUGCAUCGUGACCACAUGGGUUGGGGUGCGUGUACAUUGUAUUAAGAUAAAAAAAUGAUAUUCUAUGUAAUCUAGUUGUUAAAAACAAAAAAAAGUGAAAAGAAGUAAGUAAAGAUUUCAUACAAACUGGGGGAGUGAUUUUUUAUUAUAGAUGACCAUUUUUUUAAUGGUGAUGAAUGACCAAUAAAAUUGUGCAGUUAAUUAUCAUUAA